AUGCGCGAGAAAGGUGAUGGCAACACCACCCUGGCUUGGCGCCGGUAUUUUGACAGCGACGGCGACGGCAACCUCAGUUUCUCCGAGUUUUGUGGCGCGCUGGCCAUGUUUGGCUACAAGCGCGACGCGCUGGACUUGUGGAGGGGGCUGGCCGGAGACGAGUCCUUGGUGAGCCUGGAGGUUGUGGACAGGGACGGGGCCGCCAUCUGCGAUUACUUUGCCGACUGGUGCCUUAAGGUCAAGGGCGGGCCUCUCGAGGUCUUCCGGGCCAUGGACUCGGACGAGUCCUUGUCGUUGACGCCUCAGGAGACGGCGAUGGCAGGAGGUCAGCUGGGGCGGCGGGAUGAUUACGGUGAAGAUGCUGACGUAAAAAUUGGUUUGGGCUCUUGA